UUAUUAUUUGAGAAACAAAAAUUUGCAAAAAUAUAUUUAUUAAGUUGUGAAAUUAAUUUUAUUAAAUGGAUAAAUUUAUGAAAAGUGAGAACGUGGAUCAUAUUUAUUGUAAUAAAUUAAACAACAGAGACAAAUUGCCUUACACAGAAAGUAAUAAUAAUAAUAAUUUUAUUGGCGAUGAUAAGACGGUGAAAAAAAUGAAAAAUUUUAUUUUAUCGAAUAUAAACUUGAUUGAGGAGCUUCAAAAUCAGUUGUCUGAACGAGAUCAAUUAAUUGCUAAAUUAAUUCAUGAAAAUGAAAGUCUAAAGCAACGCUUGCAAAGGUAUAAACAUUCGAAAGGAUCGAAUAAAAAAUCAGAUUUUGCUUCAAACAAUAAUACAAACAACAGUAGCAACAACAACAACAUCAAUAAUAACGCACCGGCAAACAAAAACAAAAGUGAAAGAAGCCAUAAAGAUGAAAAUUUACAAUUUAAGGAGAAAAGAGUAUCAAUUGAUACAUCUGAAGAUGAAAUUCAGAUUAAAAAGCGAUCUGAGGAUUCUCAGGAAUCCAUAAGCAUUAAGCUAAGUAAUAAAAAUUUGUUUUUGAUGACAAAUAAAGAGUAUCGCAUUAAUGAUUGGAAAACAUACAACUUUGAAAACGAAGACAUUGAUAAUAAAAGUUUUGAGGGUGAUGUCAAUUUAGAAAUUCCCAAAUGGAUAGAAAGAGAUUUGACACCCUCACCGACAAAUGAGAUUAAAAAUAUACCUGUUGAAGAUACAAGUGAUGAAGCAUAUCUAAAAAGGCAUUUAAAAUAUGAGGCGGAUGAGAGAAGGAGAAAAAAAUGGGAUCAGCAGAGAAUAAGAGAACAGAAAAAUAUUGAGAGGUUGAAGAAGCGCCAUUUGAAAGAAGAAUAUGCUGAAAUGAUGAGCCAGAACAAUAAAAUACAAAAAACGUUGACUUCUUUCUUUCCUGAUGUUAAAACUAUAAAAUUUAUUCAGAUUUCGGAUGAUUUACCGAUCUCUGCAUUUGGCGAACAGAUACCUAAAUUAAUACCAAAAGAUUUCACUUUACCUUGGCUCUCAGAUCAGGAUAAUGACAACAGUAAUGUUUACAGCAUUGACAAUUUAUGUACGAAUGGCACUUCUGCAAAGUUAAAGGUGCGAACUAAAUUCAUCAGUAGAUGUUCCAAUCCGAUUUCAAAGUGAACAAAAUCCUAUAGAAAUUAUAUGCAAAAAUUUAAUAUCUUUAAAUUUUUGUAUCCCAAUAAGAAUAUAAAAAAUAAACAAAACAAAAUUUUUGGAAAUUGAGAAGACUCGAAGUUUUUCGACAAAAUAAUUGGCUGUUCAGAAAUAAUGUCAUUAGUAGUUGAAGAAAGAGAUAUGAAAAAUAGAAAUGUUGAUUAUAAGAAAUAUAUUUUAAGACUUUAUUUCUGCACACAAUACUUAAUAAACCAGAUUAAAACAAUAUUCACAACUCAGAUAAAAUCACUGUUUGCUUUAUUUUCUCUUGUGUUAGCUUUUGAUUGAUGUAUUUUAAACUAUAUAUGUAGUUCAUCCAACAAAUUGAUACAUUUAUAUUUAUAAAUUUAAGUUCAAGGCUAAUAGGGCCAAUAAACGAGUGUUGUCGUAAAACAUAAAUUGAGCGUGAUUGUUUUUUUUCUAUUUCCCCUAAAUUAUUAUUAAAGCAUUUUUUUC